AUCAUAGCUUCCCUAGUUAAAAUCCCCCAUGACUCUAACCUCAAAAUUCCAUUCAUUUGGCCAUAUAUCUUGAAAACAUAACAUUAAUAAACACCUUGAUUUGUAUACCUACAUGUUCUUAGGUCCCUCACCUCUUCAUUCAGACAUGGAACAAAACAGAGUCAUGAAAAACUCUGCUAAAACAUCUGUGCCUCAGUUUGGAGGGUGGGACCAAAAGUCUAUCGGAGCUACUGACUAUUCAAUGGUGUUUACUCAAGCUCGUGCGAACAAAAAGCAGCAGAAAACCGACCUGACUGAAGUCAAGCGUGGCAGCACCGGGAAUGAACUGGACCUCUCUAAAACUAAUCAAGGACAUGCUCAUCCUGCUCAAGGUCAUCAUGCUCAUCAUGCUCGGGAUCUCGCCAAAGCUAAUCAUGGGCAAACUCAUCCUCCUCGUGGUCGUCAUGCUCAACCUGCUCAUGCUCAUCCGGUUCAUACUCAACCUGCUCAUGCUAUACCGCAUGCAGAAGUUUGCACUCCUUCUCAAGAAGAUUCUGUAGUCAUGGGGAAAAGAAGGAUUCUGACCUACAUAAAUUGCUGUAUUAGGCCUUGAUAUGAUAAAAAACCAAACAAACAUAGCCACACCUUCAUACACUCAAAUCAAAGGCAUCAUUCUAUAGUGCUAUUAAAAGUACUAGGAUCUAUGACUUGUAAAAUAUUUGUGUAGAUGAGACAAAUUCAAUAGAAACCUGACUAUUACACAUUGUACAGUAUCUUAUAAUAGUUAUGGAUAAUUUUACCUCAACUCAUUUUGAUACA